AUGUGGGUACCGGCCUGCUGCGGCAGCAGAGCAUCGCGGACCACCAGCGAGGCUGCCGCGGUUGCCCCGCUCACGGAGGCCCCCGCCCAUCAGAAAGCGGGCCUGCCAGUGCGGGGGGUGUCCCACCCCAAGACCGCCCCCCUCGCGUCGGCUCACGAGGAGGUAAUCGGGAACGAGCGCUCCCUGGGCAGCCUGACUGCCUGGCAGCUGCUGGCAGAGGACGUGGCCGCCCACCCGCCAAGCAGGGGUGAGAGCGGCGGCCCGGACCGCAGCCUGCUCCCCAGCCCCUCCAGCGCACACACAGCCGCCGAGCUGAUCUUGGGCAGCCCGGAGAGCGGGCGGGGAAGCACCUCCCACCGCUUGGCGGCCUACGAGCUCCUGGAGGAGGUGGGGUCCGGCGCAUUUGGCACCGCCUGGCGGGCACUGCGCCGCGGCGAUGGCGCGGCGGUCUGCAUCAAGCAGCUCCACACCGGCAGCAUGGGCUGGCGCCAGCAACAAGCGACUCGGGAUGAGGUGCGGGUGCUGCGCAGGCUGGACCAUCCCAACAUCGUGGCAUAUCACGAGUGCUUCUGGACCGGGCCCACCCAGCACAUCGUCAUGGAAUACUGCGAGGGUGGAGACCUGGAGGCCUUCAUCAGGGCGCGACAGGGGGAGCUGCUGGACGAGGAUGACAUCAUGCUCAUCUUUGUGCAGCUGUGCCUGGCCCUGCAGCACGUGCAUGCCCAGCCCAACAACAUCUUCCUCUCCCGCGGCGGCAUAGUGAAGCUGGGCGACUUUGGGCUGAGCCGCGAGGUGGCGGGCGGCGGCGGUCUGGCGCGGACCAUGGUGGGCACGCCGUACUACCUCUCCCCCGAGGCCGUUCAGGACUCGGCCUACGGCGCCAAGAGCGACGUCUGGGCUGCGGGCUGCGUCCUGUACGAGCUGGCCACCCUGGCCCGGCCCUUCCAGGGUCAGUCGGUGUCGGCCAUUGCCGUCAAGAUCCUGCGCGCCCAGCCCGCGCCCCUGCCAAGCCGGUACUCCCCCGACCUGGUGGCCCUGACGGCAGCGUUGCUGCGUCGCUCACCCACCGCGCGCCCGUCCGUCGCCCAGGUCCUGGAGCUGGAAUGUGUGCAGCGCCACAUGCAGCGCUACCGCGCCGCGCUGGACGCCCUCCUGGGCGCCGUGCAGGCGGGGGCGGGCCCAGCGGCCCGCGCGGGCCCGCCGGCGGCGGCCCGCGGUCAUGACCCGGCAGCGCUCGGCGCGUCGACGCCACGGCGCGCGAGGUCCGCGCGCGUUGCGCCGGCGCCGCCGGCCCCGGCCCCGGCCUCGCCCUCCCGCGCCGCGCUGCAGGCGCGGCUGCCGCUGCUCCUGGCGCAGAUGCAGGUGGUGCUGGCGGGCGGCGCGGCGUUGCUGGCGCGGCCCAGCGAGGACAGCGAGGCGCAGCGCGUGCGCCGCCGCGCCGCGCUCCAGGACUGCAUGCUGGAGCUGGCGGCGCAGGCCAAGGGCCUCGCGGACGUGGGCGGCGGCGGCCGCCGGCGGGGCCGGUGGGCCGAGGGCCGGUGGGGGUGCUGGCCGGCGUGUGCUGAGAGGGGGCACCGCUGCCGGGGCAGAGCGUGGCGGCGACAGGUCAACCGAGGAAUACAAGGGUCCCUGUCCCAAACGCCACGAGUCCACCGGGCCCUGUACUCUAUCGUGUGUGAGACCAUGCCGCCCCGCUCACCCGUGAUCCAUGCCACCCUUGCUCCCCAUGGUAACAUGCAACAGGUCUUGGUCUGA